GGCUCCUCGUCACUCAAACAUCCCCUCAGCGAAGCCUCGCAUCCCGAAUUCACAGCUUCCUACGCGCGAGAUGGUGGUGUGGUCCACCUCGCGGCUCUUCCAGCCGCUGCAACUCACCCCCGACAUCCGCCUGACGCACCGCAUGGCCAUGGCGCCGCUGACGCGCUUCCGCGCCUCGGACGAGUACGUGCCGCAGCCGCUGGCCGCGACCUACUACGCGCAGCGCGCCGCCUCCCAGCCGGGCACCCUGCUGGUGUCGGAGGGGACCUUCAUCUCGCCCGCCGCGGGCGGGUUCGCCAACGUGCCCGGCGUGUACAACGCGGAGCAGGUGGCCGGCUGGCGGCGGGUUACCGAUGCGGUGCACGCCCGCGGGGGGUAUAUCUUUUGUCAGCUGUGGUCGCUGGGGCGGGCGGCGGACGCGGCGGUGGCGGCGAGGGAGGGGUUUGCGGUGCACAGCUCGAGCGCGGUGCCGAUGCCCGAGCCCGAGGGCUCGCCCGUGCCGGUGGCUAUGACGGUGGAGGAGAUCAAGGCGCGGGUGGCUGAGUAUGCGGCCGCGGCGCGGUGCGCGAUCGAGGCCGGGUUUGAUGGCGUCGAGAUUCAUGGUUCGAACGGGUACCUCAUCGAUCAGUUUAUCCAGGACGUGUGCAACCAGCGGACGGACGAGUACGGUGGGAGCAUCGAGAACCGGUCCCGGCUUGCCGUCGAGGUGGUGCAGGCUGUGGUGGACGCGGUUGGGGCGCAGAAGACGGCGAUCCGGCUGAGCCCGUGGGCCACGUUUCAGGGGAUGCGGAUGAAGGACCCCGUGCCGCAGUUCGAGGACGUCAUUCGGAAAAUCAACGGGUUUGGACUGGCGUAUUUGCAUCUGGUGCAGAGACGGGUUGAGAGCAGCGCCACCGAGUCGGUCACCGUGGAUGGGGAGAGCCUGGACUUUGCGGUGAAGCUGUGGAAUGGGCCGCUGCUGAUUGCUGGCUCCCUCACGCCGACGAAUGCGAGGGACCUGGUGGAUGGCCAGUUCAAGGACAGGGACGUGAUCGCUACUUUUGGGCGGUACUACAUCUCCACGCCAGACCUGCCAUUCAGGAUCAAGGAGGGUAUCGAGCUGAACCCAUACGACCGCAGCACCUUUUAUACCCCCAAGUCGCCGGUUGGGUACAUCGACCAGCCGUUUAGCAAGGAGUUUGAGGCGUUGCAGGGGAGACAGGAAGUAAAUUAG